GUGGACAGUGAAGCAAGAACACACACACGAACAUACUAGGAGAGCUUACGUUUCUACCUGUUAAAGAUGACCAGCGUGAUGAAAGUUGUCCUGAUCUUUGCCGCGUUUGUCGCCACGGCAGAAAGCAACGAGGAAUGUUCCACACUUAAGGAAUGCGUGACUCCUGGCAUUAAACAAUUCUUGCCUCGUCCAUACUACUACAUAGACAGUAAAACACUGGAAGCAUUUUGUAGUGAAUUGAAUGACUACAUCUAUUGUGUAAACAAGAUUGCAUGGCGCUGUGACGAUCAUUCCAUUGUACAUUACCAUGAGGAGAUAAUUACACGGGGAAAGUAUGUCUGCACCAAUGUGUCGAAAAAAGCUGUUAACGAUUUGACUGCUUCACGAUGCCUUACUGAUACGAAGAAGAAGGAAGAAGUUGAAAAAGCGAUAGACUUUUGUUCAUGGAUCAUCUACAGAUAUCCUUACAAUCAAAUUGAGGACGUGUGCCAGCUUGGAUCACUUAUGCAGAGCUGUUAUGAAACCAAGUUGACUGCUUUGUGUGGUAGAGCUGGAGGGGACUUCUACAGCAGUUUAAUCUGGGAAGAGUUGGAGGGACGAUUUUUCGCCUAUGGCUGUAAAUUGGAAGAGGAAAAACAUAAAGUAAGCUGGAAAAAAUGUAAUCUACUUUAUGAAUGCUUGGAGGAUGAAAUACGCAGCUUACUAUAUAAAUUUUACAACAGCAUGGACAAUACAAAACUCACAGCCUUUUGUUAUGAAUUUAAUACAUAUACCAAUUGUUUGGCAAAACACAAAGACUGUGACAAUACCAUGAUUGUAGAUUUCUAUGAGAAGGAUGUUACAGCUGGACACUAUUUGUGCACCGAUGAAGUGAAAAAAGCUGUUGAAGCUCUGACAGCUUCACAGUGCCUCAUUGAUGAGAACAAGAAGAAGAAGGUUGAAAAUGCGGUUAUUGUUUGUUAUAACACCUAUACAACUGAUGAAGCAAAUGACAAUGCAGAAAUGUGCAGAAUUCUGAACAAAAUGAAGGACUGUUAUGAUUUGGAACUGACAGCUCUUUGUGGUAAAAUUGGAGGGGAAUUCUACAGCACAUUAAACUUUGAGAAUGAGGAAGGAUACUUUUACCACAAGAAUUGUAUUAGGAACGAGCUUGCAACAGAACAUUGAAAUUUGAGAAAGGCAGGAUAAAAUACGGAUUUCGAUGAUACUUAUAUACAAUGUAUCUGCCAAUAAAAGUAUAGAUACC